AGUUGGCACACUCUAAUAGCCAGAUCGCAUCGUUUCAUUGCUUGCCAACCAAAGAGAUGUAUAACGGAAUAGGGUUACAGACUCCGAGAGGGUCAGGCACCAAUGGGUACAUACAGAGCAACAAGUUUUUCAUCAGGUCUAAGACUGAGAAGAACAGUGAGAACGGCAAGGGAUUCGAGGCGAACCCGGCUUCGGCCGGUCUCACUAGGAAACCCAACAGAGAUAUUCUCGAGCACGAUCGCAAGCGUCAGAUUGAGCUCAAGCUCGUCGAACUCGAGGACCAGCUCACCGAUGAGGGUUGCACCGAUGCUGAGAUUACCAAGCGGCUCGACGAGGAACGGAAGAUCCUAGAAGCUGCUGCCACAGCCGCCACCUCUGCUUUUUCCCAGGAAGGAGGGAAUAUCACCAAUAAUAAAUAUUCAGAUACACAGACCCACCAAGUUGCUGCCAGAAAAGAGAAGCAAAUGGAAACUUUAAGAUCUGCUUUUGGGAUAGCUGCAUCUGAACCUAAUGAGCAAAGUAUUGAAGGCAGUGAUGAUGUCAGAAAUGGCCGGAAGGAUGGUCUUGGUGAUGAUAUCAAGCAUUAUGAGAAACGUGAACAUGCUUUUUUGGAUAGAGAGUUCAGGGGGAAGAAAAACAUGGAUGAAGAUCAGAAAGUUGAAAAAGAUGAUAAGAAAAAGGGUCUUAAAGAAUCAAGGCACCACAAGAAGGAAGGAAGUAAAAAGAGAAGACAUGAAACUGACUCUUCUGAUACAGAUAGCCAUGGGGAGAAUUCCAAGGCUCUUCAAAAGAAGCACCGCAGAGGUAAUAGGGUCACUGAUCGUGAAAGUGAUUCUGAUAUUGAUGCUGAUAAGAAGCACAAGCCUUCUAAGAAGCAUAAGAAAAGCAAAAUACGUGACAGCGAUGAUUCUGAUUCUGCUACUGAUUCUGACAGCAAUGUCAAUGUGCGGAAGACUUCAAGGAAGCACAAGAAAAGCAAGGUGCACAACAUUGAUGAUUCUGAUUCUGCUACGGAUUCUGAUAUGGAUGCUGAUAAGAAGCACAAGACAUUAAAGCACAAGAACCAAAAACAUGAUAGUGAUGGUUCUGAUUCUGCUACCGAUGACUCAAGCAAUGAGAGUUCCAAAAGGGGGGAUAAGUAUAGAACAUCUAAUAGGAGGCAUGGCUCCAGUGAUGGUUAUGGUUCAACUAAGCCUCGUAUACAGAAUCGGGAUCAGCAUUUGAGAACAAGUAGAAGACAUGAUUCAAAGGAUGAAUCCAAUGAUACUGAUAAUGAGAUAGAAAAGAAAAGAAGUCAAUUGGAGAAACAACGGAAUCAUCCUAAUGGAAGUCAUAGGAUAGAGAAUGAGAAGAAUCAAGAUAAGCAUGUGCGAAUGAAUAGAAGACAUGAUUCAGAGGAUGAAUCCAAUGAUACUGAUAAGGAGAUGGAAAAGAAAAGAAGUCGAUUGGAGAAACAGCGGAGUCAACCUAGUGGAAGUCAUAGGAUAGAGAAUGAGAAGAAUCAAGAUAAGCAUGUGCGAAUGAACAGAAGACAUGAUUCAGAGGAUGAAUCCAGUGAUACUGAUAAGGAGAUGGAAAAGAAAAGAAGUCUAUUGGAGAGACAGCGGAGUCAACCUAGUCGAAGUCAUAGGAUAGAGAAUGAGAGGAAUCAAGAUAAGCAUGUUCGAAUGAACAGAAGACAUGAUUCAGAGGAUGAAUCUGAUGAUACUGAUAAGGAGAUGGAAAAGAAAAGAAGUCAAUUGGAGAAGGAGAUGGAAAAGAAAAGAAGUCAAUUGGAGAAACAACGGAAUCAACCUAGUGGUAGUCAUAGGAUAGAGAACGAGAAGAAUCAAGAUAAGCAUGUGAGAAUGAACAGAAGACAUGAUUCAGAGGAUGAAUCCAGUGAUACUGAUAAGGAGAUAGAAAAGAAAAGAAGUCAAUUGGAGAAACAGCGGAAUCGACAUAGUGGAAGUCAUAGGAUAGAGAACGAGAAAAAUAAAGAUCAGCAUGUGGGUAGAAGACAUGAUUCAGAGGAUGAGUCUGAUGAUGAAGAUUCUGAUACCAGUUAUGAUAGGAGAAAAUCUAAGAUUACUGCAGGGAGACAAAAAGCAGUGGAAAAAGAGUCAGUUUCUCCAGUUGAUGAGAUUGAUUUUAGACGGUACAAGUCUAGGAGAGAUAUUGCAGAUGAAACAACUUAUGAAAGUCAUGAAAGAAUGAGAGGGAAGGGGAGGCUUAAUGUUGGAAAUGAAGAUGAGCAACCUGAGUCAAAAUCAAGAAGUCGCCAUUCUGUCAAAGGGGCAGAGCACAGUGGGGAGCAACAAAAGGACUCUAAAAUUGAGUAUGACUCAAAUACUAGAGCAUACUUAAAUAAGGAUGACAAGAAGAGGGAGGAUUAUUCAAGUUUUAGAUCUGGGGGACAGCGUGAUAAUGAAACUAUUGAACGGGGUGGUAGAAGUUAUGGUAAGAAUGACGAAACAGAACGCAUUAGUAGAAAGGAUGACCGGAAUUAUGAGGAAAUAGGGGGAGGGAGAAGACAAAGCAGAGUUGAAGAGGAGCAAAGAGGGAGAAAGCAUAGAAGAGAUGAAGAUUAUGAAUAUAGAAGGCAUAUAAGGGAUGAUGAAGAGAAUCAGCGUGGAAGUAGACGGCAGGUAAGAGGAGAUGACGAAGAGCGAGAAAAUAGAGGUCAUGAGAGGGAUAGGCAACUGGAUUACUCGAAGAGAGCGAGAUAUGAUGAUUCUCGAUCAAGCGAGAGAAAAAGGCAUGAUUACGAUAAGCGUGAUGAUGAUAGAGCUAGGCGUUGAUACCAUUUCUGCUUUCUGUCUUGGACUUGUACUGCAGAUGUGCUUAUCACAUCAAAGUUGGUUAAAUGGUCACCGCCAGCAAAAAGCUGAAUUCUAUUUGCCAAGGCUUAUGGAGAUGCACGAUUUUCUACUCAAUGUACUGGAGGAUGCAUAUUUUAGUUUUUGUUUGUUUUUUUCCCUCAUGCAAUUGAACCAGUUUGUAAUGGAGUGUACUUUUUCAUUGUAAUUGCUGCGUCUGAUGUUGCUCUUGAUGCGUCUGAUGUUGCGCUUGAGAGGAAGAGAUGAGAUCUUGAUAUUAUGUAAUAUGUUUCUUUUGGUUUUCAAAUUAUAGAAGGUUCGUUGAAGCAAAUAAUUGCAUAUUAGAUGAUGCUUGUUCAAGUUAUA